CCGGUACAAACCCCGGUUCUUCUUUCCCUUCCGCUGAAUGUUUACGCUUGGUUUUCAGCCUCAGUUGUUCAGUUUGCUUAGCUAUUAACUCGUGUUUUCUAGAAGAAAUACACCUGCUUUUGAUAGGGAAAUAAAUUCCUCUAGAAAGUGGACUUUAAGUGUAAACUCACGAUGGUGGCAAUUAUAUCUGCUCUUCCCGGCCCUCAGCAUGACCUCUGAGCAGGACCUGCUGCUGAAGGAAUACGUGAAGAUGAUGACGGACAUGAUCGUCCUCUGUGCCACUCUGGCUCUCUCUCUCUUCUUCUGGCUCCUCUCCCUCACCAUCAGCACCUACUCCGGAACCCUACAGCCUGUGUCUCCAUGGCGAUGGUUGUUCUCCAUCCUGGUUCCUCUGAUGUUGACGGUCCGAGCGCUGAACAGGAAAAGUCUCAACCACUCAGGAGCUCUGGGAGCUCUCCUCGUGGGCUUCGUGUUGACGAUGGCCAACUUCAGCUUCUUCUCCUCCCUGCUGGCCUUCUUCAUCACCUCCUCCAAGCUCACCCGCUGGGGGGGGGCGCAGAAGAAGAAGAUCGACGUCGAGUACAAAGAGGGGGGCCAGAGGAACUGGAUCCAGGUGUUCUGUAACGGAGGGGUCCCCACGGAGCUGGCCCUGCUUUACAUGAUAGAGGUGGGUCCCGGGGAGAUCCCCAUAGACUUCAGUAAGCAGUACACCGCCUCCUGGAUGUGUCUCUCUCUGCUGGGGGCCCUCGCCUGCAGCACUGGGGACACCUGGAGCUCCGAGGUGGGGCCCGUCCUCAGCCAAUCACAGCCCAGACUCAUCACCACCUGGAAGGAAGUCCCGGCAGGAACAAACGGAGGAGUGACCCCGGUGGGAUUAGUGGCCAGUUUCUUCGGGGGGCUCACGGUGGGCGUGGCUUACUACGUCACACAGCUCCUGUUUGUGGGGGACCUGAACAUUGCCGACCCCCAGUGGCCCAUCAUGGUGUACGGAGGGCUGGCCGGGCUGCUGGGCUCCAUGCUGGACUCCUUCCUGGGGGCUCACAUGCAGUACUCGGGCUUUGACGCGAGCAUUGGGAAGGUGGUGGGCUACCAGUCGGCCACCACCACACGCAUCUGUGGGAAACCCAUCCUGGACAACAACGCCGUGAACCUGUUCACCUCCGUCAUCGUGGCGCUCGUGCUGCCCGGGCUAGCGUGGGGGAUGUGGCCUCGGUAAACCCCGCCUCACUCAGAGACGUUUGAGAUGCCCGUGGAUCUGUGACUGCAGUUAAUAAAUACUGACUGAUACUGUC